UGCGCAGCCGCUGAGGGGGGCGGGGCUUCGUAGAAACCGGAAGCUCAAAGUGUUCGAGUGUUACACACGGUUACAUAUGAUUAGAGACCAAAACAAUGAAGGCGAUCAUUCAAAGAGUAACGAAGGCAAGCGUAACAGUUGGGGAGGAGCAGAUCAGCUCCAUUGGCAGAGGACUCUGCGUCUUACUCGGCAUCUCAGUGGAGGACACGCAGAAGGAUGUCGACUACAUGGUACGUAAGAUUCUUAACUUGCGUCUGUUUGAGGAUGAGAACGACCGUGCCUGGAGCCGCAGCGUGAUGGACCGAGAGCUAGAGGUGUUGUGUGUGAGUCAGUUCACUCUGCAGUGUAUCCUCAAGGGAAAUAAGCCGGACUUCCACUCUGCCAUGCCGGCUGAACUGGCCCAGCCCUUCUACAACAAGAUGCUGGAGCAGCUGAGGGAAGCCUAUAAACCAGAACUCAUCAAAGAUGGGCAAUUUGGUGCAAAAAUGCAGGUCCUCAUUCAAAAUGAUGGCCCUGUGACCAUUCAGCUGGAGUCUCCUGCUGGCCCUACAGACCCUAAACUGCUGUCCAAACAAGAGAAGCAACAGCAGCGGAAAGAAAAAACACGGUCAAAAGGCCCCUCCGAGUCCAGCAGAGAGAAGGCAGCUCAGCGCUCGAAAGCGGACCCCAGCGCCAGCAGCGGAGCAGAGGGAGAUGUGUCCUCUGAACGCGAACCAUAGAGUACCUCACGGAUUUUGCAACUUGCAUAUCAGUCCAGCUUCCAGUGGAAUGCUGCUGUCUUCAGGGACGUCUUUCAGUGCACUUCAGUGUCUUAUUACUGUCCCUCUCAAAUGUCCACCGUAGUGCCCCGUCUGAUUUUCUUCUGAAACCUGGAAUUACAAACAUAAGAACGACUGGCAGCUCCACAUUUACUAGUAGAAAAAAGACUCAGGCACACACCAGUGGCAUUUUAGCACCACUUUGAAUACUAUCUGAAUAUUUACUAUGCCAUCUAAUUUAUUUAAAUGAAUACAUCUCUGUGAUGGGUUUGAAUAAAAUCAGGUAAGAAAA